AUGGCUGCUCCCGUCGCUCGAGGCGCCUUCCGCAAGGCCAUCAACCUUCCCAUUUGCACGCAUCGCACACAUCGCACGCAGAGCACGAUGCUCGACCAUCCAGGAUUUUCCGCUCGCAGCACCGAAAUCGGCAAUCGCUUGCGAUCGGUAGCCGCCAGGUGGUCACAGCAUCCAUGGAAUGGAGACCACAUGCGAUCCUUCCUGCAGCAGAUGACCCCUACCGCGGCCACUGCCCACAACGGCACUCCGCUGGCUGCCGGCAUCAACUUUGCCGUGCGCGCUCCCGCCGACCCCCACGCUCACGGCCAUGGCCCUUCCCUCCGAUCUGACCCCACCCAGGUUCCCAAAUGGGCCUCCAACCUCCGCAACUCCAACGGCGUCCUCAGCUCCCGAUCCGGCGUCAAUGCACAGGCAGGCAGAAACGCUGAAGGCGUGCGUGGAAUGCUAUUGGACCGGGUCCUUCUGCAUUGGACACGGCAUCAAUGGACGAACUGCACGGCGCUCGAUCUGCCGACGCCAUCCAUACAGAGAUGCGACACUGCUUUCGACGUGGAUACUGACAAACUCCUGCUGUUCUACGUCGUCCCAUCAAUAGCUCUCCCCACCGUUGGCCAGCCUCGCUACUUCUCGUCGUCGUCGCGCAGCCUGCAGGCGAGCCAGCCCGAUCAGGUGCCCGACUUCUCGGGCUACCGCACCAAGAGCGCCGACAGCAACAAGGCCUUUUCGUACUUCAUGGUCGGCUCCAUGGGUCUGAUCGCCGCCUCGGGCGCCAAGGCGACGGUCUCGGAUUUCCUUGCCUCGAUGGGUGCUUCGUCAGACGUGCUCGCGCUCGCCAAGGUCGAGGUGGACAUGAACUCGAUCCCCGAGGGCAAGAACGCCAUCAUCAAGUGGCGUGGCAAGCCGGUCUUUGUGCGCCACCGCACCAAGGACGAGAUCGACGAGGCCAACGCCGUGGACAUCUCCAAGCUGCGCGACCCCGAGAAGGACUCGGACCGUGCCAAGCGUCCCGAGUGGCUGGUGAUGCUGGGUGUGUGCACCCACCUCGGAUGUGUGCCUAUCGGCGAGGCGGGCGACUUUGGCGGCUGGUACUGCCCGUGCCACGGCUCCCACUACGACAUCUCCGGCCGUGCCCGCAAGGGUCCCGCCCCGCUCAACCUCGAGGUGCCCGAGUACGACUUCAACGAUGCCGAGAACAAGCUCAUCAUCGGUUAG